AUGGCCUCUCGAACUGGAUGGAUGGCUAUUGCAAAUCUCCUCAUCGUCGUCCUACUGUCCCUCAAGAAUACUCCCGUUGUCAUGUUCAUGGCCUCCUCUUACGAGCGACUCAACAUUCUCCAUCGCAUAACCGGUUACACUACUCUCAUCUUCGCCAUAGUGCACUCUUGCAGUUACGCUGCCGUGUUCGGUGCCCAAAACUUUCUCCAGCGUUUGCUAGCGAGAGAAGAAAUCUUUGGCAUGGUCGCUAUGGGCUCAUUCCUAGUCCUCGGCUUUGCCGGUGCUGUCCUCCGGACAUGGUGGUACGAACUAUUUUACUACCUUCAUGUGGCUUUCUGGAUCCUUGCUGUCAUCAUGACCGGUCUCCAUCAGCCGGAGACUAGCAAGAAGGUUCUCUACGUCAUUUUUGCUUCAGCUGGAAUUUGGGUCCUCGAGCGAGUCAUCCGCCUCGCACGUAUCAUCGUUAACAGCGCCAAUAACACCGUUACUCUCACGCCGCUCCCCAAUGGCGGUACUCGUGUCACACUUGCCAAGGUACCAUUUGGAUCUUCAUCUGGCAAACAUGGCUUCCUUUGGAUCCCCGCGGUACGCGCCAUUGAAACCCACCCUUUCACCAUGGUUGCUACCGAUCCCCUCGAGUUUGUUGUGGCAGCCCACGACGGAUUCACUCGGGCUUUGCACAAGUGUGCCAUUGAGAGCCCGGGAAUCACAUUGAAAGGGUCAGUGGAGGGUCCUUACGGUAAUCACCCUGAUGUCAAGGGGUAUGACAAGGUCAUGCUUAUAGCAGGGGGCAGCGGUGCAAGCUUCACGGUUGGCGCGGCUCUAGAUAUGCUCAAAAACCUGGACAUAGAUGCUGAGAUCGACAUCGAAUUCGAAACCAAGCAAGUCCACGUUAAAACCCGUGACGUCGCAAUACUAACCAAUCUUGCAGCAUAUUUCACCUGGUUCGCCGAACAUAUCGAGACUCUACGUCGAGAUCAUCGUGUCUUGACCAAGAUCUAUGUAACACGAGCUUCAGAACCCGAGAUUGUCCCCCGGAGACAGCUUUCCUCCGGAUCGCACGCUUCUUCAAGUAGCACUUUUGUCGAGCCCGGCCCAGAAAAAGACGGUCUUUCGCAAGUCGAUACUACUCGAUUAUCACUUGACAUUGAGAAGAACGAGGUUCUCACAGUCGCAAUAAAUGCUUCUCUAGGCGAUGUCUUUCACGUUGGGGGACCGGAUGUAGCUUCACUUGUGAAAGAACUGAUAGAGAAUACACCAUCCGACAAACGAGUGCUGGUGAUGGGCUGCGGACCACGGACACUCAUGUCGGCCGUUCAGAACGCGGCUGCAGACUGUAUCGUGGAAAACAGAGCUGGCGUUGAGUUGCAUCUGGAGCAAUUUGGGUGGUGA